AUGACCCAAAAUGGCGGUCUUAAAUCGUUCUCUACCAAUAUGUCUCCACCGUCAAAGGCAAUCGUGUACGAACGGCACGGCUCUCCUGAUUAUGUCACCAGAGUGGUGGAGCUUCCGCCCGUGGAAGUGAGAGAAAACGAUGUCUGUGUCAGGAUGAUCGCUGCGCCUAUCAAUCCAUCUGAUAUCAAUCAAAUUGAAGGUGUUUAUCCUGUGAGACCAUCGGUACCAGCUAUUGGUGGCCUAGAAGGUGUUGGAGAAGUGUAUACAGUUGGGCCAAGGGUCAAGUCACUUUCUCCUGGGGAUUGGGUUAUUCCAUCUCCACUCUCGUCGGGGACUUGGCAGACGUAUGUUGUGAAAGAGGAAAGUGCAUGGCACAGAAUUGACAAAAGGUGUCCAAUAGAGUAUGCAGCUACAAUUACUGUUAAUCCAUUGACCGCUUUACGGAUGCUUGAGGACUUUGUCGACUUAAAGCCCGGAGAUUCUGUGGUACAGAAUGGCGCCACAAGUAUGGUGGGUCAAUGUAUCAUCCAGUUAGCAAGACUCCGUGGCAUCUAUAGCAUCAACAUUAUUCGUGACAGGGAUGGGUCAGAUGAAGCAAAAGAGAAGCUGAAAGCUCUAGGAGCAGAUUAUGUGUUUUCAGAGAGUCAGCUUAAUGUAAAGAACUUCAAAAGUCUUUUGGGUAAUACGCCUGAACCUACUCUGGGAUUCAACUGUGUCGGUGGUAAUGCUGCUUCUCUCGUACUCAAAACUUUGAGGGAAGGAGGAACGAUGGUAACAUAUGGUGCAAUGUCUAAGAAACCAAUCACUGCAUCAACCUCAUCUUUCAUCUUUAAGGACAUUUCGUUGAGAGGAUUUUGGCUUCAUAAGUGGAUGAAUUUGGAGAAAGUAAAAGAAUGCAGAAAGAUGGUAGACUAUCUUAUUGGCCUUGCACGGGACGGGAAGCUAAAAUACGAGACGGAACUGGUUCCUUUCGAAGAUUUUGCUUCUGCAUUCGAUAAAGCUCUGGGGAAGCGAGGUAGCCAUCCUAAACAAGUCCUCAGAUUCUGAUCUCUAUAUGCUUGUUGUUAAAGAGAUAUUGCACAAUAAGAAUAAUACUCGUCUUAUCGUCCAUAAUGUAUCAAAACAAUGAGAUUGUAGACCGAAUAAACCUCCUGGUACAAGCUUCAUUCAUCAUUUA